UUGUUUUAAAUUUGGAUUAUAAUAAACUGCAGUUGAUAAAAGAAUCGAAACCGUAUUAUUCUGACUAUUCUUCAUGUUCAUAUCUGACAUUAUCUGGUUUAAAGAAUCUGCGUUAUCUUUCCGUUUUCGAGAAUCAAAUUCAGUCUAUUGAUUCAAUAGCUUUUAAAAACAACAUUGCACUGAACUAUUUGAAUUUGUCCACAAAUGAUAUAACUGAUAUGCAUUCAGAUAGUUGUGUACACCUGGAGUCUUUGAAAGUCCUUGAUUUGAGUUUUAAUAAACUUGAAAAUGUACCUUUUUUCUCAAAUAACUCAAAGAAUUUAACCUUUUUGUCCGUUAGUUAUAAUAAUAUAAAACAGAUAAUGUCGCAUGCUUUUGCGAAUACAAGAUUAAGGCAAUUGUUGUUAAGAGGAAAUCAAAUCGAUGAGAUCGAUGUUGAAGCAUUUGCCCAUCUUUCUGUUUUGGAAGAGUUAGAUUUGUCGUAUAACAAAUUAAAUAUUUUACCAGAAGGAUGGACUAUGCCUCUUACAUCGUUGAAAUAUUUGGACUUAAGCAAUAAUAAAUUUAUUUCAUUGACAUCUUUGUUUUUGACAAAUACAAUGCCAUUGGUAGAAGUAUAUCUGGUAAAUUCACUAGAGUAUUUAAAUGCUAUACAUUUCAAGACUAUGCCGCAAAAUGAAACAAUUAAUCUGAUUCAACUAUCAAAGUUUAGAUAUAAAUUUGAAACAGAUUCAGAAAUAGAUAAUAUAAAUAAAUUCUUAGAUACUGACUAUUAAUACUUGCCUAUUUGCAUAAAAUUUAGUUGUUAAUAAUCAUUUAUUUUGUGAUGUGAUUUCUACUAUAUACAUAAUCAUUAAAAGAAAUUAAGAAUAUAUAUAGUUGCGGGAUUA